AUGGGCAACAAUCCUUCCAAACCCCCUGCCGGAGAUGCCCAAUCGCCGUCGGCUCCCCCGGCCGCGGCGGGGGACAAGAAAGUAGCUCGUCGGUCAUCGAUUCAUACACCAUCGGGCACCACCAAGGCCUCCGCAGCCGACCCCUCCGCCACCAGAGAAACUGCAACCGGCCUUCCGACCUCCCAAGUUCAACCAUCCGUCCAGCAGCGUUUACAAUCCCGCAAUGUCACAGACCUGCCGACGCGGAACCUAGAUCGGCCAGACCGCCAGGUUCCAAAGAAGCCAGAUGCUCGCUCUAGAGACAUUCCUGCGCCUGAUCCGUCCAACCCCGUCCAAGUUCCGGGAUCCCGGGCGGCUGCAAAACGUGACCCUGUGGCACCCUCUGGCCCCCCUCCCCAUGCCUAUUACAGUGCCUCUGUUCAUCUUCAGCGCCCACCGCGGAUGCCCCUGCCCAUUGGGGAUGCCACGGCCACCCCCGGUUCGCCCAUCAUUGGUCCGGAGGACUCGUAUAUGGGAUCGGUUGCACCCGACCAUCUGCUGGAUGAAAACCGCGAUUCGAAACAAUCUGCCGUAGCUGGCGCCACGGUUGAUGACGAUGAGGCAUUGGAUGAACUUCAACCCUAUACUCCGAGCGGCGUGGGAAGGGCUGUGCCGACCCUCAUAGAGUGGACUGCUCCUGGUGAUAAGGUCUACGUUACAGGAACGUUUGUGAACUGGGAGAAGAAAUUCCGUUUACAUCGGAGUGAGAACAACCCCGGCGUCUUGUCCACGAGAUUGAACCUCCGGCCGGGCACGCAUCAUUUGAAAUUUAUUGUCGAUGGUGAAAUGCGCGCUUCAGACAAUCUUCCCACGGCAGUCGAUUUCACAAAUCACCUCGUCAACUACAUUGAAAUUAGUGCUGAUGACGUCAACCGGUCACGGAGAGAGAGCGAUAAGGUCCCUGAUGGCGUUCGACCUCCGCAGGUCAUUCCUGGACCGGUCGGGAAUGAUCAAGUGGGGUCCACCGUGGAAGAACAGUCAGACAGAGAAGAGCCCGAGGAAAUUCCGUUGGGUGACUUCCGUGGUGUUAUCCCACAAUUUCUGCUUGAUCUAGAUCGUGAGGAAGAAACACCCGAGUACCAACAAGCUGUGAAUAUCGUUGGGGAUGCGCCUACACCGCCGAGCCUUCCGCUGUUCCUUGGCAAAUCAAUCCUGAACGGCACCACACCCAUGAAGGACGAUAGCAGUGUUCUUAACUACCCUAACCACACCGUCCUAAACCAUCUCGCCACUAGCAGUAUAAAAAAUGGUGUGCUUGCCACCAGUGUAACGACCAGAUACAAACGGAAGUACGUCACAACGAUAUUGUAUAAGCCAACAGAUGAUAUUACAGGUUAG